AUGGAAAUAAUUUAUGAAGGGCGUCAUCGUCCAGAAUACCAGCAACAACAACUACCUAACAAAAAUGCAUCUCCCUCCUCUAUGUUAAAUAAUUCUUCUACUUCGUCUUCUGCUGAAUUACAACAAUUAGUACAACAAUCUAUACUGUAUGGGCAACAACAACAAAAUAAUCACUCUCUUCCACAAACUACAACCCCAUUUUCUCUCGCUUCAUUAAAUUAUGGCCCCUUUGGGUUACCAAGCUUUUCACUUUCCCCCCAAAAUUCAUUAAAUUUGUUACACUUUCCACAACAACUUCAACAACAAGAAAUUGAGCGUCAAACGGCGGCGAUUGCUGCUUCAGGGGCAAUAAAUAAUGGGUUGGUUAGUCCACCAAAUGCGUUCGAAGGUCUCCCAAUAUUUGUAAUGCCAAACAAUGGUUCUCUUUCACUCAAUGCACUACAACGUGCAGCUGAGUUUAAAGCAAUGGCUAUUAAUGCAUUUAUUCAACAACAACAAUCACAACAAUUAAAUUUAAAAAUAGAUACUAGCAAACAUUUUCACGUAUUUGUCGGUGAUCUCUCACAAGAUGUUGAUAAUCAAAUGUUAUAUGACGCUUUUAGCAAGUUAGGGCAAGUCUCAGAAGCCAAAGUAAUGAGGGAUCCACAAUCAACAAAAUCCCGUUCCUUUGGAUUUGUUGCUUACCCUUCAAAAGGCAAAUUUAUUUUUAAAAUUUCUCCAAGAAUUCUGAUUUUGUAUUAUAGAAGACGCUCAAAGGGCUAUUGAG